GGCUUCUGAGAUUUCAUAUUUCAGCAGCGCAAUCUCAGAGAGAAGGGAAGAAGACACACAGAUUGAGCUGCUGCAAUGGCUCCCAAGCAAAAGGCCCGCAAUCCGGAGCUCAUUCCCGGAGUUGGCAAGGUCUCCCGCUCCAAGAUGUACCACAAACGCGGCCUGUGGGCUAUCAAGGCCAAAAAUGGCGGCAAAUUCCCCGUCCACGCCAAGCAGGACGCCGCCGCCGUCGUCGAGGAGAAGCAGCCUAAGUUUUAUCCAGCUGAUGACGUCAGGAAGCCCCUCUCCAACAAGCGCAAGCCUAAGCCUACCAAGCUCAGGGCGAGUGUUACUCCCGGAACAGUGCUGAUUAUUUUGACAGGGAGGUUUAAAGGGAAGAGAGUUGUGUUUUUGAAGCAGCUCACUUCUGGAUUGUUGCUCAUCACUGGUCCCUACAAGGUUAACGGUGUUCCCCUAAGACGUGUCAACCAGGCUUACGUCAUUGGAACCUCCACCAAGGUCGACAUUUCUGGUGUGGAUGUGUCCAAGUUUGAUGACAAGUACUUUGGCAAACAAGUCGAGAAGAAGAAAAAGAAGGGAGAGACUGAGUUCUUUGAGGCCGAUAAACAGGAGAAGAACACGCUCCCAGCUGAGAAGAAGGAUGACCAGAAGGCCAUUGAUGCCCCGUUGUUAAAGGCGUUGGAAUCCGUCCCAGAUUUGAAGGCUUAUUUGGGAGCAAGGUUCUCGUUGAAGGCUGGCAUGAAGCCACAUGAGUUGGUGUUUUAGGCACAAUUUUGUUGUUUUUUAUAUCAGCUUGCUUCCUUGAACAAUUAUUUCUCUCUGGUAUAAACGUAAUGAAAUCAAGAUUCAAUCAA